UAGGUUGAGUAUAAAUGAUACUGAUAGAGGUUUUGUACUCAUUCAAACAGUGUUCCUUGUAGCAGAAUCAUGCAGGCUUUUGCACUUUUUGCUCUUAUCCCUUUGGUAGCUGGACUCCCUAACCAGGUGUACCACCAGCCCGCCCCCUACCAUGCUGCCCCCGCCUACCACCAACCCGCCCCUUACCAUCAUCCCGCCCCAGCCUACCACUCCUACGAGACCCCCAAGCAUAACUGCUCCGUCCUCGAUGUUGUAGAGGCUGCUGAGGUCUGCACCCCCGCCUUCGAGACCGUCUGCACACCCGUCGAACUCACCAGGAAGAACGUCAUUGACGUUCAGCAGUGCUACACCGUCACCAGAACCGUCUGCUCCGAGUCCACCGAGGAGAUCGACAACGAGGUCUGCACCUACUCCUACCAGCAAAAGACCGAGGCCACCACCGCCAAGACCGUCGAGGUUACCUUCGUAAAGGAGUGCACCCAGCAGAUGGUCACCGUCUGCCAGCCCGCUAAGUAUGGAUACGGACAAGGAUACGGACACAACUACUGCAAGGAGGUCGCCCAGGAGACCUGCUACAACAACCCCGUAGUCACCCCUGUCGAGCCCGCCGUUGAUGUCACCUACCCCGAGCCAAUUAAGACCUGUGUCAACAUCCCCAUCAUCCUCCCCAGAAUCUCCUGCGAGGACCUCUCCGAGGAGAAGUGCAUCACCGUCCCUGCCAUCGAAGAUGUCUCCGAGACCUUUGAGAAGUGUGUGACCAGCCUUGCUGCCCCCGCCUGCCAGGCUGUUGAGCUGACUCUCCCUAAGCAGGUGUGUGCUGAGAUUGUUUACGGAUAUGCUGCGGAUGAGGCCCCCAAACCUGAACCUCACUACGCUGCUGCCCCUGCUCCUCACUACCCUGCUGCCCCCGCUCCUCACUACGGUUAAACUACAGUAGUUGACAAUAUUUAACUUAUUUAUUUGGAAACCUUUAUUUAAAUAAAUUAUUCACUUGUCUCAAUA